CUUCCCUGCGAACAUCGUCAUAUCCUUGCAGCAGACUGCGGGGAAGUGCAUGAUGGUCAAUAAGCAGCACACAACCGUCAAGAUGGGACAGAGGUAUAACCUGCGUUGUCCCACGCUGUCAUGGAAGAGAGCAGUUGCAGCCACGAGCCUGGGUCUUCUCUCUCUUUACUAUCUCCAUCGCACCUUCCAGAAGUCACCGUCUGCGGCUGAACUUCACCAAGGCGCAGAAAUGGCUCCCUCAAGCUUUCUUCAAGCUUCAGCUCUGUUGACGUCGCUUGUGGCGUUGACGGCUGCGCAGAACUCAACGGCAACGCCAACUUCAGCUAGUGGCUGGAGCACGACGCUUGCUGGCACUCCCACGUUUUUCCAGCCUGUGUUCACCAUUCCUGCAUCUGCAGACCAAGGAGCAGAGCUCAUUGCCAACAUUCAAGAUCCUCAGGCUGUCAAUGCUCAGGAUGUCUGCCCGGGAUACAAGACCUCGCACUUGCAAGAGACCGAUGGCGGCAUCAGCGCUGUGUUGACCUUGGCGGGCGCGCCUUGCAAUGUCUACGGCAAUGAUGUUGAUGUGCUCAACCUCAAGGUUGAGUACCAGUCCAAGGACCGCUUGGCGGUCAAUAUCAGUCCAACAUACCUUGAUGCAUCGAACUCUUCACAUUACAUUGUUCCCGAGAGCUUGAUUCCCAGACCUCAGGCUGAGGAUUCACAUAAGGAUCUCGACCUUGCAUUUGCUUGGGGUGAUGACCCGUCGUUUUGGUUUACCGUGACCCGUCAGUCCAGUGGCGAUGUCAUCUUCACCACCAAAGGCACCCACCUGGUGUAUGAGGACCAGUUCAUCGAAUUUGUAAACACGCUUCCGGAGGAUUACAACCUCUACGGCCUCGGUGAACGCAUCCACGGACUCCGUCUGAACAAUAACUUCACUGCGACCAUCUACGCUGCAGACGUGGGUGACCCAAUCGAUCGCAACAUCUACGGAAGCCACCCGUUCUACUUGGAGACUCGCUACUUUCCGACCGGCGGCAAUGGCACCAAGAAGCCGCUCAAGCAAUCCGAACUCAACGACGGAAACGGUGGAUACCCCACCGGUGGCAAGGGUUCCGGCUUUGAAUCUUAUUCUCACGGUGUCUACCUCCGCAACUUGCACGGCAUGGACAUUGUUCUCAAGCCUACCAAUCUAACCUGGAGGAGCCUAGGAGGCAGCAUCGACCUCUUCUUCUUUGACGGUCCUACUCAGCCCGAGGUCACCAAGCAGUACCAGACUUCUGCCAUUGGUUUGCCCGCCAUGCAGCAAUACUGGACCUUUGGCUACCACCAAUGUCGAUGGGGGUACAGCAACUGGACUGAGCUCCGGGAGGUUGUCGAAACACUCCGGAACUUCAGCAUCCCCAUGGAGACUAUCUGGCUCGAUAUCGACUACAUGGACCAGUACCGCGAUUUCACUCUGGAUCCCAUCACAUUCCCUGCUUCUGGAGUCAAGGAUUUCUUUAACUUCCUACACGGCAACAAUCAGCACUUUGUGCCCAUUGUCGAUGCUGCUAUCUAUAUUCCCAACCCGACCAACGCCAGUGAUGCGUAUGACCCUUACACUCGUGGUAAUGACUCGGAUGUGUUCCUCAGGAACCCUGAUGGCAGCCAGUAUAUUGGUGCUGUGUGGCCUGGUUACACUGUAUUUCCCGACUGGCUGUCCGCGAACGGUGUUUCCUGGUGGGUCAAGGAGAUGGUUGAAUGGCAUAAGAGCGUUCCAUUUUCCGGCUUCUGGACAGACAUGACCGAGGUUUCGUCUUUCUGUAUUGGCUCAUGCGGUACUGGAAAUGUCACGCUAAACCCUGUUCACCCACCUUUCUCGUUGCCAGGCGAGGUCGGCAAUGUCAUCUACGACUACCCGGAGGGUUUCAACAUCACAAACGCGACUGAAGCUGCAUCAGCCUCUAUCCUUUCUGCCAGCCAGGUGGCCGCUGCAUCUGCUACCACGGUCAGCUCCGUCUCUGCUGAGUACCUCCGUACUGUGCCCACACCUGGUGUCAGGAAUAUCAAUCAUCCACCUUAUGUCAUCGAUCAUGUUCAGGGCGAUCUUGCUGUUCACGCUGUCAGCCCUAACGCGACUCACCAGAACGGCGUCGCUGAGUACGACGUCCACAAUAUCUGGGGCCACCAGAUCAUCAAUGCUACUUAUCAAGGUCUUCUCUCUGUCUUCCCCGGCAAGCGUCCUUUCAUCAUUGGCCGCUCCACCUUCGCUGGUAGCGGCAAGUGGGCUGGUCACUGGGGAGGUGACAACGCGUCGAAGUGGUACUACAUGUACUUCUCGAUCCCGCAGGCGCUCUCUUUCUCGCUAUUCGGUAUUCCCAUGUUCGGUGUCGACACUUGCGGCUUCAACGGAAACACCGACUCAGAGUUGUGCGCGCGCUGGAUGCAGCUCUCAGCCUUCUUCCCCUUCUACCGCAACCACAAUGUCCUGUCUGCAUUGCCUCAGGAGCCCUACCGCUGGGACAGUGUGGCUUCUGCUUCGCGCACUGCGAUGCAUAUCCGUUACUCCCUCUUGCCGUACAUGUACACCCUCUUCCACGAGGCUCACACCACUGGCUCCACAGUCAUGCGUGCUUUGGCGUGGGAGUUCCCCAACGAGCCCCAGCUUGCUGGUGUCGACACCCAGUUCUUACUCGGCCCCAACAUUCUCGUCACGCCUGUUCUGGAGCCUCAGGCGGACACUGUCCGCGGUGUCUUCCCUGGUCUCGUCGAUGGCGGGUCGUGGUAUGAUUGGUACACUGGCGAGAAGGUGCAGGCUGAGGCUGGCGUCAACACCACCAUCUCUGCGCCUCUCGGCCACAUCCCCGUCUACAUCCGUGGCGGAGCGGUGCUCCCAACCCAGGAGCCUGGCUAUACUACGACCGAGUCGCGCAAUAACCCCUGGGGUCUCAUCGUUGCUCUUUCCGAUGAUGGCAAUGCAUCAGGCUCUCUCUACAUCGACGAUGGCGAGUCCAUCGAGCAGGAGACCACUCUGGAGAUCUGUCUCACUGCUCGAGGCGGCUCGUUGAAGGCUGAUGUUCAGGGCGACUUCAAGGACACUAAUGCCUUGGGUAAUGUCACCAUCCUGGGUGUCCACAGCGCCCCUACUCAGAUCAAGUUGAACGACCUGGCCGUUGAUUCGUCAAAGGUCGCGUACAACGCGACAGCGAGCACUCUGAAGCUGUCUGGCUUGAAUGACCUGACCAGCGGCGGUGCGUGGCAGGGCAGCUGGACAUUGAGCUGGGCUUAGCCUUGAAAUGUGAGAAAAAUAAAGGGCCAGGUAUAAUAGUUAGGAAACACUAAGUUACUGGAAUACGAUAUUAGUUGAACACGAAGUAAACUAAGCGUCUCCUCGUAUGCAUCACAGCUUGAAUCCUCGACAAUGUUUGUAAACAACAACAAUUAAUUGAUGUA